AUGCAAGUCGAGCUCAACAAAGCCUCCUUCAACGCCCGUUUGAAGCGAAUCUACGACUGCUGGAAUAGCGCGAAUGAAAAUGAAGACUACGCUGGUUUGGCCAAUGUCGACGCCCUUCUCAUAGUCGCGGGCGAUCCUGCAGGGGAAGAUGAGCCAAUGAGAAAGGGAACGUGUUUACAGCAAUGGCUCCUUGGAUACGAGUUUCCAUCAACUUUGAUCCUGUUCCUCAAAGACAAGGUCUGCAUACUGUGCUCAGCUUCAAAAGCAAGGAUUCUUGCGCAAAUACAAGCCCAAGGCAGCGUGGUGCCCGUAGAAAUCCUUGCCCAAGCGAAACCGAAGGAACCCCCCUCUGAUGCCCUCCCCAAAUUCGUCGACCUUUACACAUCUCAAAAGCGCGUCGGCUCGUUACUUAAGGAAACGCACACUGGAAAGCUAGUUGGGGAAUGGGACAAACGUUUGGCCGAGGCCACGGAGAAGCCAGAGCUGGUAGAGAUCUUCCAAGCGAUAUCCACUUUUAUGUCCCAGAAGGACGAGGAAGAACUCAAAGCAACGGAAGUCGCUGGCGUAUUAACAUCGACGUUGCUCAAACAUCAUGUGGCGCUGAAGCUCGAGAUGAUCCUGGAUAAGGAGACGAAAAUCACCCACGAGAGUUUCGCUCUCCAGAUAGAAGGUCGGCUUGGUGAUGAACAGAAAGGUCCAGAUAUGAGAAUUUGGGAUAAGGCAAAGAAUGCGAGGAACAUUGACUGGCAGUCGGUCGAGUUUUGCUACCCUCCCAUCAUUCAAUCGCAGGCCACUAAAGGUGGAUACGACCUCAAAACUUCAACCCAGUCUUCCGAAGACCACAUUGCACACAAGGGUGUUUUUUUGGUAUCUUUAGGUCUUCGGUACAAGAGUUAUUGCACAAAUCUUGGUCGGACCUUUAUUGUGGACCCUACACCAGAACAAGAGGUGCAAUACAACUUGCUACUGUCCCUCCAAACUGAGCUGCUCGGCUUUAUGAAAGAUGGCGUUGUCGCUCGCGACGUCUACCAGCAUGCGGUCGAUUUUAUCAAGGCCAAGAAGCCUGAACUUGAAAAGAAAUUCGUUAAGAACAUUGGGUUUGGGAUGGGUGUGGAAUUGCGUGACUCGACGUAUCUGCUAUCCCCCAAGAACACUCGAAAGCUCAAAACGAACAUGAUCUUCAACCUAGGCCUUGGGUUUUCGGACCUUGUCAGCGAGAGUGGGCAGAAGUACGCCAUACAACUGGGAGACACCAUCAAGAUCGAAGCGGAGAAAGCUUCUCUUCUAACUGAGGGGGUCAAAUCGACAAAGGACACAAUGUUCUUCUUGAACCCCGAAAGCGCUGACGAAAAGCCAAAAAAGCCAGAGAAAAAGGCCCCCGCUGUGUCGCGAAAGAAUGGAUCGCCGCCGAAGAAGACGGUCGCUGGUAAAGUUCUUCGGAACAACCGCCGUAACGAUGAGGCCCAUGUAACGGUGUCGGCGAAGCUGGCUGAACAUCAGCAGGAAUUACACGGACAACUUCAGGCCCAGGGCUUGGAGAAGUACUCAGAGGGCGGAGGAGGGGCCAGUGGCAAGGAGGGCAAAGGGUGGAAAAAAUUCCAGAGUUACAAGGGUGAAGGUGCUCUGCCACCUGACGUGGACCGUUUAAGGAUCACCGUGGACAGGAAAGCCCAGACAGUGAUCCUCCCCAUUCAUGGCUUCGCCGUACCUUUCCAUAUCAAUACCAUCAAAAACGUUAGCAAGAACGACGAAGGCGACUAUACCUACCUUCGCAUUAACUUCCAAACCCCGGGUCAACUCGCCGGGAAGAAGGAAGACACGCCGUUCGAAAAUCCUGACGCUACCUUCGUUCGGUCGAUCUCGUAUCGCUCUCCCGACGGUCACCGCUUCGAUAAUAUCUCCAAGCAGAUUACAGAACUUAAGAAGGAGGCCAACAAGCGCGAGCAGCAGAAGAAGGAGUUGGCAGAUGUGGUUGAACAGGCUAAUCUAGUCGAGCUAAAGGGUCGCAGACCGGCCAAGCUGCCUGAAGUGUUUGUUAGACCAGCGCCCGACGGCAAGCGCAUUCCCGGAGAAGUUGAGAUCCAUUCCAACGGUAUCCGUUACCAUUCACCACUUGGCCAAAAGAUUGAUGUCCUCUUCACCAACAUCAAACACCUGUUCUUCCAACCAUGCGACAAGGAGCUUAUUGUCGUCGUACAUAUGCAUCUCAAGUCCCCAAUCAUCAUCGGAAAGAAGAAGUCUCCAAAGGAUGUCCAAUUCAUUCGUGAAGCGUCUGACGUACAAUUCGAUGAGACUGGUAACCGGAAGCGCAAAGUCCGAUACGGUGACGAGGACGAAAUUGAGAUGGAACAGCAAGAACUGCGACGGAGGCACGUUUUGAACAAAGAAUUCAAGUCAUUCGCCGAAAAAAUCUCAGAGGCUGCAUCAGCAUCCACUGGCGACCCUCUCGAAGUAGAUAUUCCUUUCAGAGAACUGUCCUUCGAAGGUGUACCGUUCCGAUCCAGCGUCCGACUUCAACCUACGACAGAGUGCCUAGUGCACCUUACUGAUCCACCAUUCCUCGUGAUGACCCUCAGCGAGAUCGAAGUCGCAUCCCUGGAGCGUGUGCAAUACGGUCUCAAGCAGUUUGAUCUUGUCUUAAUCUUCAAGGAUUUCACGAAGCCACCACUACACAUCAACUCGAUACAAAGUUCGCAGCUCGAUGACGUAAAGAACUGGCUAGACUCGGUUGACAUUGCUAUGGGUGAAGGCCCUGUUAAUUUGAACUGGGGACCGAUUAUGAAGACAAUCAACGAGAGUCCGCACGACUUCUUUGUGCAAGGUGGCUGGAGUUUCUUGGGCGGUGCCGGUGACGAAAGCGAGCAUUCCGAAGGCUCUCCGUCCGAGUCAGAGUUCGAAGCCGAUUCGGAAGACUUGGUCGAGGAGUCGAGUAGCGCGGAAGAAAGUGCUUUUGAAGCUUCCGAUGCCAGUGGCAGUGAUGGCAGUGCUUCAGACUUCGGCGACGGCUCAGAUAGCGAAGGAGACGACUGGGAUGAGCUAGAGCGCAAGGCAGCUAAAUCGGAUGCGAAACGCGUUGAGGGAGGCCGAAAAGCCAAAGACUCUGAUGAUUCAGAAGACGACAAGCCCAAGAAAAAGAAACCUGCGGUAAAGACAAAUGGUAAACCGAAGGGUAAGCGAUGA